GACUGCCGGUUCCUCCGGCUUCUGGCUGUGGCCGCCUUGGUUGGCUAGUGCACUUUGCAAGCGAGGAACUGCGGGGGCCUCGGUCUUGGGCUGGGGGAGUCCGCGGCCGAGGGGAACCGCGGGCUGCCGGAGGAAGCUGGUCCGAAUGGGCGAGUUGCAGGGGGCUCCUUCCUCCUUCCCACGUGCGUCCUCGGCGUCCCUCCCCUCGUUCCGGGCUGCCCUUUCCUCUCUGCCGGGGCUCGUCUCCCCUGAGAGCGGCUCUCGGACUGCAUGGCGGGCGAGAAGGUGGGCUGCGUGGUCAGCGUGUCUGACUCGGGGGGCGCCAGCGGCGCGGCUUCCCGGGGCCCCUGGAGUGGCAGCGGCGUCCUCUUGGCGCCCAGCCCUGGCGUCGUCCUCUGCCACGGGGCGCUCUUCUCCCCUUUCCUCCUGGUCCCCGAGCGCCCCGACGGUGCCCAGCACGCCCUCCUGCUCCCCGACAGCUUCUCUCCAGGCCUCCGGAUCCGCGUUCUCCGGCCCAGCAGCACCACCAGCAGCAAAACUGGCUUCGCUCGGCCCGAUGAGGCCUCGCCGGCGUUGAGGUUCAACCCGCUUUCCGGUUUCCUGGAGGCGCCCGGCGGCCUGGAGAGCCGCGAAGCCGAACUCCUGCUGCUGGUCCCUUGCCGGCCCUUCCAGAGCGCCUUCGCCAAAGUCUUCGGGGCCUCGGAUGAGUGGCGCUUCGGUGGGGAGGAAGAGGAGGAGGACGGCGAAGAGGCCGCUUCGUUUGCAGACCAGGUGCGCUUCCUGCACUGGUUCGCCUUGCUGAGAGUCCUGGACGGCGACUUCCACGGGGCAGGCGCGGCCAGCUGCGUGCCAGCCGCCCUUCUGAGCAAAGGGGACCCGCUCUUCACUUGUGGCUCCCCCUUUGGAGCCUUCUGCCCGGACAUUUUCAUGAACACCCUCAGCAAGGGGAUUGUGAGCAACCUGGCCGGAGAAGGCAACGCCCUCAUCCUCACCGAUGCCCGCUGCUUGCCUGGCACCGAAGGGGGGGGCAUCUUUGCAGUAUCCGGAGUCAGUCCCCAACUGGUUGGGAUAAUUGUCGCCCCGCUUUGCUGGAAAUCCAACGAGUGGGUGGGCCUCACACUGGUUUGUGCUGUUGACUGCAUCCUGGAGAGCAUCAGGAACAUUCUCUCAGAGCUUCACCUGUUUCCGAAAACCCAGUUACUCCGGCUGCCGCUUGCAACUCAGGCUCAGAAGGUGGCAGUUGCCAGAGAUGGGCCAGUCCAGCAGAUGCUGGCUGCUGUAGUCCUGGUGGAGUGUGGGCUGUCCUGGGGUUCAGGGGUGAUGGUGAGCUCCAGGGUUGUGUUGACUUGUCGCCAUGUAGUCAGUGGAGCAUCAAGUGUCCGGGUGAGGAUAGGACCCAGCCCUGAACAGACGUUGGUGACUAAAGGGAAAGUGGUGUUUGCAACACAGGAUGCCUCUCCUUAUGAUGUUGCACUGGUAGAGCUGGAAGACAAUUUAUUCUUGUUUGUAGAGCCUGUUCUAGCAUCCAGGUUCUAUGAAGGAGAAGAUGUCAGUGUGGUUGGAUUCGGUGCCUUCGGCCAGGCCUGUGGCCCAUCCGUAACUUCAGGGAUCUUGUCGGCAGUGAUCACCGUGGAGGAGAAGCCUGUGAUGCUUCAGGCAACCUGUGCAGUUCACGGUGGCUCCAGCGGAGGGGCCCUCUUUUCCACACACAGUGGGAAACUUCUUGGUAUUGUGGCCAGCAACACAAGGGAUCACAGCAUCGGAGCCACGUACCCCCACCUCAACUUCAGCAUCCCCAUAACAGUCUUGCAGGCAGCUCUCUUGGAAUACACCCGCAGCAGAGAUCUGUGUGGCUUCCGGGAACUGGACAGGGUGGCUGACAGGGUUCGAGUGGUCUGGAGGCUUCAAAGAGAACCUGGGGAGGUACCACUUAGCAAGCUCUGAAAAUCUGCAACUUGGAGAGGAAAAGGAAGAGCUCAUCAUUGUGGAAGAUAAAUUUGCAAUGUGGACUUUUUGGUAUUACUCGGUAGCAGGCUUAGAGUUAUACUUGAAAUUUUUGAAUGGUCUUCAGGGAAGGAGGGGAGUGGGUUUUCAAUGGGACUUGCUUUGCUUUUGCCCUUAUUUUCCAUCAUGCCACUGUUCUGCACUCUUCCCACUGUAGUCCUGCCCAGCCAAUCAGAAAAUCUGCUUUUCUAUCAGCAGUCCUUGUGGCUGCUCGCACCUGGAACUGUCCCAGAGUCUGUUCUGUCUCCUUGAAACCCUUAUUUUCUAUGAAGCCUUUGGCUAAACCCCUUUAAUUGUUUUACGUUUUCACUAAAACACGCCUCAUCUUUA